UAUCCACAGCUCACCCUCUCAACCAACUCCGACACGCAAACGAGAUCUCUCUCCAUCUCCAUUCCGGGUAUAUAACAAACCCUCCCCACGGCUCCUUCGUCCUCCUCGUCCUCCUCCGCCAUGGAUGAGCUCAUCGUGGUGGAGCGGCGAUCCCAUGGAUCCGCGGUGGCCGUGGUCACCAUCAACCGCCCCGGCGCGCUCAACUCGCUCACGCGCCCCAUGAUGGUCGCCCUCGCAGGCGCGUUCCGCCGCCUCGACGCCGACGACGCCGUGGCCGCGGUGGUCCUCGCCGGGCGCGGCCGCGCCUUCUGCUCCGGCGUCGACCUCACCGCCGCCGAGGACGUCUUCAAGGGCGACGUCAAGGACCCCGCCGCCGACCCCGUCGCCGCCAUGGCCGCGUGCCGGAAGCCCAUCGUCGGCGCCGUCGCCGGAUUCGCCGUCACCGCCGGGUUCGAGAUCGCCCUCGCCUGCGACCUGCUCGUCGCGGGCCGCGACGCCAAGUUCGUCGACACCCACGCCAAGUUCGGCAUCUUUCCUUCUUGGGGCCUCUCACAAAAGCUCUCGCGGAUAAUUGGACCAAACAGGGCUCGAGAAGUGUCACUCACUGGUAUGCCUAUAACUGCAGAGAUGGCUGAAAAAUGGGGGCUGGUUAAUCAUGUUGUGGACAGUAGUGAAGUUUUAAAUAAAGCCAUAGAGAUCGCAGAGGCCAUUACGAGGAACAACCGAGACAUGGUACUGAGAUACAAGUCGGUUAUAAACGAUGGCUUCAAGCUGGACUUGGCUCAUGCUCUUGAUCUAGAAAAGGAAAGAGCUCAUAGCUAUUAUGAUGGGAUGACCAAGGAGCAAUUUGGGAAAAUGCAAGAAUUUAUACGAAGUCGACGCUCAAAACCAGCGUCCAAGUUGUAGACAGUUGAAGAUCUAAUGAAGCCAAAAAGCUUCCCAUGCGAAAAUGUUCGAUAUCAUUGGUGUAUCGCAAUAAACCCAAAGGAAAGAGAAUGUUUAAUGUGGUGAUGUAUCACAUUCCAAUAAGGUUUUAGAAAGAUAAGAGUGAGAAAUAAGAACAAAGAUAUAUUUCCGUUACACGCGGUAUAUCUGUUGUUGUCUUGUUUAUCUUCUUACACUGUAUGCCUUGGGCUCCUCUCUUAUGAUUAUGAAUUCUACAUCUUUAAGGUUAAAAGCGGCCAAAAAAUACCCAAAAACUUUUUUUUACCUGAUUGCGAAGCAGCACAUUGACUAUGAAUUAUGAAAUGUUGUUACGAAUGCUGGA